AUGCUCAUCUCUGUUGUAGCAGGUCUGGCCUUUUUCUUUGUCACGCUUUUCCAAUGUCAUCCGAUAUCAUAUUUCUGGGAUGACUAUUCACAAAGCGGAACUUGCGUCAACAUCGACAUCAUUGUUGCGCUAGGCUACCUGUACAGCUGCUUCAGCAUUAUAUCGGAUUUCACGUUCGCGAUCCUACCAGCUUUCCUGGUCAUAGGAUUACAGCUCAAGCGCAGAACCAAGAUCGCGCUGAUCCCCCUUUUGGCUAUGGGCUGCAUCGCAAGUGCUGCUGUAGUCGCCCGCGUCCCAUACAUGAAGAAUUUCCGGUCAAGGGAUUUCCUGUGGGAAACGACGGACAUUGCAAUCUGGUCAACCGUCGAGCAGGGCCUAGCCAUCACCGCGGGUAGCCUGGCCACCAUCCGCCCACUCUUCCAGCUCAUCUUAACCAGGCUUGGUCUCACCACUCAGCGGUCUACAUUACCCCUCACUCCGUACGGAAAUCGAUCGGGUUCACAUGCAUUCCAUGAGCGACGACCUUCGGGCGCCAAGAAACUCGACAUGUACACACUCUCUGCGGACGCCGAAUCUGGAACAGUUAGAGAAGGCAGCACUGAUCUUGUGAUCAGUGAAGGGCCCGGAAAAGAACUUCCUAAGACAGCUAAUUGGUGCGAGGUGCAACUCCAGAAGAUCAAGAGAGGCUCUAAGAUUGCUCCGCCAACUAGGAAGGACAGUGACAGUGAUAGCGAAAAAAGUUUGAGGAUGAAAGAGAGCAAGAGCGAUCAUGAACGGACUGGCUCGGAUGAACGGUCGAUGCAGAUUAUGGUCGAGAGGAGUUUCUUCGUCACCGAUGCAGAGAGGAAGAGUUACGUAGAGCAGCGGGAUCACACGGGGUGA